CUUAAAAGUAAUGGCGGAGCAGCGAUUAGAAGCCAACAAUAAUAUGGCUUCCGAGGCUCCGGCUGCGCCUGCUAAUCACCGGAACAAGCGCUUCGCCAUCGCCUGUGCCUUGCUCGCCUCCACGACCUCGAUCAUUUUGGGUUACGAUAUUGGAGUGAUGAGUGGCGCGGCGAUAUUUAUAAAGAAGGAUUUCAACCUCGACGACAACAAGAUGCAGAUUCUGCUGGGUAUCUUGAAUGUCUACUCGCUUGUGGGUUCUUAUGCCGCCGGAUUCACCUCCGACUGGAUCGGCCGCCGGUACACCAUCGUGCUCGCUGCCGGCAUCUUCUUCGCCGGCGCCCUCCUCAUGGGCUUCGCCACGGGUUACGCGUUCCUCAUGGUGGGCCGGUUCGUGGCCGGCAUUGGCGUCGGCUACGCCCUCAUGAUCGCCCCUGUUUACACGGCCGAGCUGUCCCCCGCCUCUUCCCGUGGCUUCCUCACCUCGCUUCCGGAGGUCUUCAUUAACGUCGGCAUACUCCUCGGCUACGUCUCCAACUACGCCUUCUCUAACUUGAGAACCUCCCUCGGGUGGCGCUUCAUGCUCGGCGUCGGCGCUGUUCCCUCUGUUUUCCUCGCCGCCGGCGUGCUCGCUAUGCCCGAGUCCCCCCGCUGGCUCGUCAUGCGCGGCCGCCUCCGCGAGGCCAGACGCGUCCUCGAGAGGACCUCCGACAGCCCCGAGGAGGCCCUGCUCCGCCUUCAGGAGAUCAAGGCCGCCGCUGGCAUCCCCGCCGACUGCGACGACGAUGACUACGUCGUCCCCAAAGGAGCCGGCAAGACGAGCGGCGGUCCGGGGACGGAGAAGUCAGUGUGGAAGGACCUGCUGCUGCGACCGACGCCGAAGGUGCGGCGGGCGAUGCUGACGGCGGUAGGAAUCCACUUCUUCCAGCAGGCGUCGGGGAUCGACUCGGUGGUGCUCUACAGCCCGCGGGUGUUCGAGAAGGCGGGGAUCCGCCAGGAGAAGAAGUUGCUCGCCACCACGGUGGCCGUGGGGUUCGUCAAGACGCUCUUCAUCCUGGUGGCGACUUUCCUGCUGGACCGGGUGGGGCGGCGGCCGUUGCUGCUCGCGAGCACCGGCGGGAUGGUGGUCUCUGUGCUGGGGCUCGGCCUCGGGCUGACGCUGGUGGACCACGGUCGGAAGGAAGCGGUGACGCUGUGCAUCAUGGCGAUUCUCUUCUACGUGGCGUUCUUCUCCAUCGGCAUGGGGCCCAUCGCGUGGGUUUACGGGUCGGAGAUCCUGCCGUUGCGGUUGCGAGCACAGGGGGCGAGCAUCGCGGUGGCGGUAAACCGACUGACCAGUGGCCUUAUCACCAUGACAUUCAUAUCGCUAUACAAUGCCAUCACUCUCGGGGGGAGUUUCUUCUUGUACGGCGGCGUCACGGUGAUCGCGUGGGUCUUCUUUUUCACAUGUCUUCCGGAGACGAGGGGUAGGACGCUGGAGGAGAUUGAUGACUUGUUUGGGAAGACGGAGAAAGGCGAAGAGAAGGCUCCAACUGAUGUGGUGGAGAUGCCGGCGGUGAACUCUACUAAUGCAAAUGCUACAACUCAACGCCAUGAAGAAGAAGAUGCCACGAUAAAAUACAUAUCAGAAUAGAGAAAAGAAGAAAAUGGGGAAAUUAUGUAUCUUUUCUUUGACUUUAAUAAGUAGUGCUUAAUUUUGUUUAGCUUAUAGUUUGAAGCUUUAUGUGA